AUGAAACACUUUUCCCGACUUUUUGUUGUCGUGCCUGCUUUUGCCUCGCUGGUCGCUGGCUUUGCCGUUCCUGAGCCUGGUCUGGUUGUUCGCCAGCAAGGUGGCGGAAAUGGCAACGGAAAUGGAGGUGGGGGCGGCGGAGGUGGAGGAGGCGGUAGUGGCGGCGGAAACGAUCCCCAGAGCUCUUCGACUCUUGACCCCGCGGUCAUCGCGACGGGCUUCGAAAACGACGGUCAGGAUCAACCCACUGCUGGCCAGGUCGCAUCACUCACCUCAUCGAAUAACUUCAUCAACUUCUGCUUAACGGUCCCCAAUGAGCCGAUCACCAAUGGCCAGCAGAUUUCUGGUGGGUCAUGCAACCCCGCACCUAUGGGUUCCAUCCCCUCCACGGCGAACAUGCCCUCCGCCAAAUUCACCAAUCCGACGAACCUCGACGUUAUCCCCGCCGAACCAGGCACGGGGCAUUUUACCAAUGCCGAACAAACCUACUUCUCCGCACCCCAGCAGUUAAAUGGACAGGGGCAGAUCCAGGGGCACUCCCACAUCGUCAUCGAGCAGCUGGACUCACUCACGCAGACGACACCGACCGACCCUACGAAGUUCUCGUUCUUCAAGGGCCUGAACGACCCAGCUAAUAACGGCAUCCUCACCGCAGACGUGACUAAUGGUCUUCCUGAAGGGACAUACAAGAUCUCGACGAUCAACAGUGCCGCAAACCACCAGCCGGUCUUGGUGCCCAUUGCACAGCACGGAUCUCUUGAUGAUGUAGUCUACUUUACUGUCAGUAAUAAUGCUAAUGCCAACGCCAACGGUGCUGCCACUGGUGCUGGAGGUGGUUCUGUAGCGUCCUCUGCAGCUGCGAGUGGAACAACGACUGCGCAAAGCUCCGCUGCUUCAUCCACUAACACCUCCGACCAAGGUAAUGGAGGUAAUGGAGGUAACGGUGGAGGUGGAGGUGGAAGGCAAGGAGGCAAUGGAGGUAAGGGGCAGGGAGGUAAUGGGGGAGGCAGGGGAGGAGGGGGCAAUCGCCGCCACUUCCUUUCUCGCAACAGCAUGCAUUAG